CCAAUGGACAUGCACCUCACGCGACAACGACUCUGUCGUAUAGGGCGCCGCUAUAGUUUCCAAUUGAGCACAUCGAAUCGAGCUGCACUCUUAAAUCUCUCAAUGAACUUUGAUUGUUCUUGACUUUGAUCAUACUCUUAAUUAUACGUGAACUUGCAAGCAAGCAACAUGCUAUUCCGCAAUGCGGCAGCGUUCUUGCUCCACCUCUUUGCUCUCGCUCAAUCACUGCCCACUGAUCAACAACCUUUGCAAGAUUCGGUCCCUGAUGGUCUUUUGAAUGUUAGAGCUCAGCUCUUUCGUGCCGAAAUCAUUCCAACGGUUAUUGAUGACUUCCUCCCUCUGAUUGAACUAUCAGUCACCUGGGACAAGAAGAACAAAGCAUCCCUGGGCAACACCUUGAAGCCCAAAAAGCUGCAAGACCAACCAGCGAUUUCUCUCCAUGAAGACAGACACCCCGAUGGCCGUACGGCUACAGACAUGACGUUCAUUGUUGCUCUUACCGAUCCUGACGCACCUUCCCGUGAUGACCCAAAGUGGUCGGAGAUGUGCCACUGGAUAGCUACGAAUGUGUCGUUGUCAGAGAAGACGGUGUCAAUUCUUCCCGUUCCUUACUUCGGUCUUGAGGAGGAGAUUGCCAACAAUAAGGGCAAGGGUCACCAUCUUGAUGAGUUGGUCCCGUACAAACCUCCUGGUCCGCCGCCAAAGACAGGCAAGCACAGAUACGUGUUCCUGGUAUUCGGGCCUAGGAACGGGACAACAUCGCCGUUGAACUUGACGAAGCCGAAAGAUCGUCAGCAUUGGGGGACUGGGGAAGAAAGGAAGGGUGUCAGGCAGUGGGCCGCGGAGAAUGGACUCGUGCCCAUUGGAGCGAACUUCAUCUAUGCUCAAAACAAGAAGCAGUGAGCCCGGGUUCUCUCCAGGUCAUGCCCAUCGAAGUAAAAUUUCUCCUCGCGGAAGGCGAACAAGGCGUUAGGUUGGUCAUCAAAAGUUAUGAUGUAUCUUUCUCUUCGACCAAGUGCACAAACACUUCAUUGUUUCAUAAGCGUAAAUAUUCGGGCUCGUUACUUGUUAAAACAGCAUGUAUCACCAAAAAGGUCUGAUUCUGGCCACUUUCUCGUGUCUUCCUGGUGCGUUGUUGGAGUGUCCCGGUCUAUGCCGUAUAGCAUUUACGUUUCACGACAAAUCGUUUUUAUGAGAGGUACUCCGUAGUCGAGGGUCGAGUCGAAUAAUGAACGUAUGUACUACCAACUAUGCGGCACAAAUCAUAACUACUCCUACCCCGCGGAAGUCGUGACACUA